AAACAGAAAGAGGCUCUGCCCUCACUCAACAUGGUCACCUUCUGCCUUCGUCCUGGUUCGUAAAUUGGCUCUUUCGGCUCCCGUUACUUCCCCCAGUUUGUCAACUGCCCGUAGUAGCCAUGGCGGCCAUGAGCUUAUUGCAGCGGGUUUCGGUCACUGCAGUGGCUGCUCUCUCCGGCCGCCGGCUUGGUACUCGGCUCGGAUUCGGGGGCUUCCUCACCCGUGGCUUUCCGAAGACUGUCGCUCCUGUGCGACAUAGUGGAGACCAUGGGAAAAGACUAUUUAUCAUCAAACCAUCUGCAUUCUAUGACAAGCGUUUUUUGAGUUUAAUGAAAUUCUACAUUUUGUUGACUGGGAUUCCAGUAGCCAUUGGCAUAACUCUGGUGAAUAUAUUCAUUGGUGAAGCUGAGUUAGCAGAGAUUCCAGAAGGCUACAUCCCAGAACACUGGGAAUAUUUCAAGCAUCCUAUAUCAAGAUGGAUUGCCCGAACUUUCUUUGAUAGUCCUGAAAAGAAUUAUGAAAAAACAAUGGCUAUCCUUCAGGUUGAAGCUGAGAAGGCUGAUUUACGGUUACAGGAGCUGGAAGUGCGAAGGUUAAUGCGUGCGAGAGGUGAUGGUCCCUGGUAUCAGUAUCCGACUGUUGAUAAGGCAUUGAUAGAUUAUUCUCCAAAAGCAACUCCUGACAAUUAACCAUUUAUUUCUCUAAAUACAAAGUAUAUUCUCUUUAGGGGAAAAUUAAUCAGUAAAUGUAUUCUGUAUUUUUGCUCACAUGAUGAAUAAAGUAUCUUUCAUUGCACUAUUUCUCAGCAUUGGUGCAGAUUAAGACUUUUGUGUGGGAUUUCAAUUUUUUUUUAGCCUUAUUGAGGCAUAAUUGACAAAAUGAAGAUAUUUAAAGUGUACAUUGUGUUGAUUGAUAUACAUUGUGAAAGGCAGAAUAAGACUUGAUUUGUGGAUUUUGGCUUCCUCUAAGGUUUAUCAUAUAUUUUAAAAACUGGGGCAAAUAGGAAUUUAUGAACUCCUAAGGAUGUGACUUUGAAAGUUUAAUAUUUUGUCUGAUAAUUGAAAGUUAGAGAAGUCUAAUGAUGUUAAAUAUCAGGAAAUACAGUAGUUUACAUACAUGUCUAGAUUAUCCAAAGGUGAUUCAGAAUUUUAAAUUCUAUAAUUACUGAACUAACUAUAUAAAACAUUAACAUCUUAAUAAACAAUUUUUCAGUGAACAAA